CCGCCAUGCUUUUUCAUUUUUUCAAAGGAUUUAAUGGUUCUGAUGUUAAAAUAGACUCGUGAAAAAAUAUCCAAUUAAACUUUUUUUCUGCCCUGCAAGUUCCUGAAUUAAGGAGUGAUUUGCUAUUUGACCUGUAUUCUAUUUUCAGUAGGAUAUGAUCGUGACAAUGAUCACAGUACUGCUUCUCCUUUGGUCAACCGUGGGAUGGCAGGCAGAUUCAUCUCAAGGAAAGGAAGCAACAGUCUUGCUUCUCCCACCAGUAAACUUCACUAUUAAAAUCACUGGAUUAGCUAAAGUACUUUUACAUUGGGAACCAAAUCCAGAUCAGGAACCAAAGAACUACCAUCUAGCAUAUAGAGUGAAAAUUAACCAUCCACAAGAAGAUGAUUAUGAAAUUGAGGAAACCGAAAGUACAUAUACAGCAAUACUUCAUACAGGCUUUUCUGCAGAUGUCCAGACAAUAUUUUACAACGGUGGCCAUUAUCUAGAAAGUAAAUGGGCUUCAGCUGAUCUUCAAGCACCCCCAGGUUCUCUUGGGACAUCGGUUACUAAUUUGUCCUGUGGUAUCAACACUUUGCCAAAUAAUUUUGUAUCUCUAUAUUGCACCUGGGAAGUUGGGGAAGAUGCCCCAGAAGAUACUCAAUACUUCUUUUUCUACAGGUAUGGGGAGUAUACUGAAGAAUGCCAAGAAUAUAGCAAAGAUAUAUGGAGGAGAAAUAUUGAUUGCUGGUUUUCAAGGACUCACAUUUAUAGCAAAGGCCAACUCAAACUUGCAGUUCAUGUUAAUGGCUCAAGCAGACAUGCGAUAAUCAAGCCAUAUGAUCAACUAUUUGCUCUUCAUGCUAUUGAUCAGGUGAAUCCUCCAGUGAACAUUACUGCAAUGAUCGAGAGAGAUUAUCUGUCUCUCCAGUGGGAGAAACCAGUUUCUGCUUUUCCAAGUCAUUGCUUUGUUUAUGAAGUGAACAAUUAUAACUUAAAGACUGGGUCUGAACAGAAAGCGACCAUUGAAGCAAAUACACUCAGCUUAGUAAUUGAUGCUACUUGCAAAUACUCAGUAAAAAUAAGAGCUACCGUGCAUUCAUCAUGCAGAUCAGAAGGACUCUGGAGUAAGUGGAGUGAACCAAUCUACAUUGGAAAAGAUGAGCAGUGGAUUCCAGGAGAAUGGCUCUUGAGCCUGCUUUCGGGAGUCAUUUUGCUAGUUCUCGCUCUCAUAUGUCGAUUAUGUCAUUUAUGGACCAAGUUGUUUCCACCAGUUCCAGCACCAAACAGUAAUAUGGAAGAUCUCUUUUUAAACAACAUCUAUGAGAAAGCCUGUACCAGUGAAACAGAAACUGAAGUUUUAAGUUUUGUAGAAGAUCCUGGUUCUGAUAUCAUUGAGGAUUCUGUCUUCUGAAUUUACUGUACUACACUAAGGGAAAGGACAUGAUAGUCCUUCAAGCCACAUCAGACACCUAGCUCAAAGGUGUUCAGAAUUCACAUAGAAUUUGACUAGCUACCCAGCAAUACACCCAAAGAUGUCACUUGCUUUUAAAAAGUGAAAUUUUAAGAAAAUUUCUUCAAGCAAGAAAUGGCCAAAAAGACAAUUAGUGACUGAAGUUUUUUUGUGUUUUUAAAAUAUUUCUAGUUAAGAGCAGGGGGUUUUCCAUGCAAAUUUCUUUUGUUUAGGAGAAACAGUGAUUUAGUAGUCUACUCUGGCAAUUAUAGAGGUGAGAGAAAGAUUUCAGAGUGAAGGGUAAAGCUGCAAAUUACUGUGAUUAUUAAGGUCCUCUCAAAACAUUCUACCAUGAAUGGGAGUGUGAGAUUAAAGUGUGAACCUUCCAUCCCUAGAAUCUCAGCAAGGCCAGCUUCAAACAGUAAGUGAGGUGAGCCAGUGCCUUGGGGCUCCUUGAAGUGGAGGAAACCACAAGGGUUGUUCCCUCACAGAGCCUCCCAAGAGGGGUGGUGCCACUGCGGUUCUCAAAUAUAGCCGGCACUUAGGGAACUCUCAGGGAUGGCCACUGAAUCCUGAUCUCCAAAGAUGGUGGCCACUUCCAGUCCUCCCAAAGAUGGCUGCCACAUUUGGUUCAGAGUGGUAGCAGAGUGUAAAUUGGGGGUCUCAGAGCCCAAGGACCUAGGUUGAGGGGCAGCUGUUGGGGAAAAACACUCUUUCACAAAAUAGUCCGUAUGCAUGCAAUUUCACUUAACAGUGUCAUCCAGAGCAGCCAGUUUUUCCCAGGUUUAUGUUGGCCCUGACUCUCAAGAGAGUUUUCUUCAAACAAAUGGGGGGGGGGGUGCAUGUGUGUGCGUGUGCAUGUGCGCGCGUGCGAGAGAGAGAGAUUCCUGAGUGGGAAUGAGUGUUUUAAUGGGAAGAAUCCAACUAAGGGACAUUAUAUUCAAGGUGUCUACCUAUUUUUUGGUUUGACUAUUGCUAAAAUACUA